GCGAUCCGCUGCCCCGCGCGCGGCUGCGGGCGCGAGCACUGCGCGGCAUCGAGCGCUUCUCGGCUGGCCGCUCCGCACCGACGCACGGGAAUAUGCUGAUGAAGGAGUACCGGAUCUGCAUGCCGCUCACCGUGGAGGAGUACAGAAUUGGGCAAUUGUACAUGAUAAGCAAGCACAGCCAUGAGCAGAGUGACCGAGGUGAAGGUGUCGAAGUGGUGCAGAAUGAGCCUUAUGAGGACCCAAACCACGGCAAUGGUCAGCUAACAGAGAAACGUGUCUAUCUCAACAGCAAACUACCUAGCUGGGCUAGAGCAGUUGUUCCGAAAAUAUUUUAUGUUACAGAGAAGGCUUGGAAUUAUUAUCCUUAUACAAUCACAGAAUACACAUGUUCAUUUUUGCCUAAGUUCUCCAUUCACAUAGAGACAAAGUAUGAGGACAACAAAGGAAGCAAUGACAGCAUUUUUGACAAUGAAGCUAAAGAUCUGGAACGAGAAGUCUGCUUCAUUGAUAUUGCCAGUGAUGAAAUUCCUGAGCGCUAUUACAAGGAAUCGGAGGAUCCUAAAUAUUUCAAGUCACAGAAGACUGGGAGAGGCCAGUUAAAAGAAGGCUGGAGAGAGACCCAUCAGCCCAUUAUGUGUUCCUACAAACUUGUGACUGUGAAAUUUGAAGUUUGGGGACUUCAAACCAGGGUAGAACAAUUUGUACACAAGGUGGUCAGAGAUAUACUCCUGAUUGGUCACCGACAGGCUUUUGCCUGGGUUGAUGAGUGGUAUGACAUGACGAUGGAUGAAGUCCGAGAGUUUGAACGAGCAACUCAGGAAGCUACCAACAAGAAAAUUGGCAUUUUCCCACCUGAAAUAUCUAUCUCUAACAUUUCCAUGCCUUCUUCAACCCGCAGUGCUCCAUCUAGUGCUCCGUCAACUCCUCUCUCUACAGAUGCUCCUGACUUCCUAACAGUACCCAAAGACCGGCCUCGGAAAAAGUCUGCACCAGAAACCCUCACUCUUCCAGAUCCAGAGAAAAAGAAAAAUUAAAUUAACCCAGCAUGAUUCCUCCUGAUAAGCCAUGGCUACCGCAGCAAGAGUAACAUAUUGUAGUUUCUAGGAAGAUUGUGGUGGUUGGUUGGUUGUUGAUGUUUGGAUAUUUUUGCUUAAAAUAAUUUUACUGUUGUGGAAAGACUGUUUCUUUCCUCAGACUUGAUCCUCAUAAUCUUCAGAGAAGUGCAUGCAAAAGAACAUAGUUGCUAUAUCUAAAGUAGUGUUCCAAGCCAUAUGGUCCAUCUUACUGACAUACGAUGAAGUCGUCUGAGGAGAACUCUAUAAAAGAAAGUCUUUCUGUAGCAGUAUCUCUAUGUACAAAUCCACAUCUAGGUCAUAGCAUUUAUAUUUAGGAAUAGGUAUUUAGUAAAGCUGCCAAGGACUUCUGAGGCAAAUCUGUGCCAACCAGAAUGCAGGGUUAAUAGGAAAAAAGCUCCCUUUUUCUUUGUUUUUUUUAACUGAUUUUAAAAUCCUGUUCUCAGGCUUGUCGUGUGUAUUCAUAAACCUUUGACCUGCAACUCAUUGUACUUGAACACCAAUAACAAUCACUCAGAAUCAUAUCGUGCUUAAUAUGACUCAGGAUUUGGGGCUUGGCUAACAAAAAUGAAACUUUUCAAACCUAAAAUAUCACUGUAUGAAGCCCCAGUUGUAAUUAAUUAUAUUGACUUUGAGGCCAUUUAAGUAUUUCUAUCUUGCACAGAAUUUGUAAAAGAAACCACCUAUUUCUUGUAGAUAAUGUAUUUUAAUAGCUCUCCCCUGUCCUUUUGUGAUAAAACUUAAGUUCGUACUGGUGUUCGUCAGUGGUGUUCUGUGUACAAGAUUGGGGGAAAAAAGCAGCUAAGUUGAGCCAGUUGAGAAGGAAAACCAAUGAAUUCUGUCUUGCCCACUCUGGAAAGAGAGUGCUGGUUACCCUGUAAGACCUUGAAUGUAAAGGAGAGAAAAUAUGAGACUCUUUUCUUUCCUGCCUCUCAUCUUUCCUAACCAGCACAAUCUCUGCUGUCAGAAAGCUGGCUCUAGGCUUUACCACUGUCUCUUAGGGAAGGGAUGAAUAAAAUCAGUCACUUGGAAAAGCAAAUGAAUCUUGGGGCUUCUCAGUCCCACGUAGGUGGCAUUAAGGAAACAGCAGUGCUCCUCCUGGUCUGCGCGUGAAAUCACUCUUCAAUCUCAGGAAUUAAAAUACAGAAAGGAUGCUUCCCAGCUUGGAAGUGUAGAUUGUAGGGGGAAGAGAAAUGAAUUUCAGAAGUGUUCUCUUCCUUCAUUUUUUAUCAAAAAGUAAACUCAGUGACAAACCUUCCUUCUGGCCCCCCCUUUGGGGUACUUUGUUCUCUUUCAGACUAAUUGCUAUUUAAUUAAUGUUGUCCAUAUCUAUCUCAAUUGGUAGCUGUAGUAGGCAUUAAAUAAGCUGGUGUUCUAUUCCCAGUGAAUGAUAGCUAUUACCUGAAUCAUAUGAUUAAAGUCAGUAGUGUUUUGUACCACUGGUGGUGAUGUACAUGGAUGCAAAACAGUCCUCCAGAGCUGAACUGUCACUGAACAUUGAACAAUCAGUUUGGGGAUGGCCUUUUACCUGCAAGGAAGUUUGUGCCAUCUUCUCUGCACAAUGCUAUGAUUUGACUGGCUUCAAUGCACUGAACUUCUCAAUGGCUGUAGAUCCAAUAGAAGUUAUGUUGAAUGUGUGGUAUUUCUAGAGUAGUUGUAGAGCAGGGAAGGUGAUUCUGCUGUCAACCUGCACUGAAAACAAGUGUAUAUUUGUUUGAUAGUUUAAACCCUGUACCUAGCAAAGUCUAGUAGCUCUUUGUAGGUUAGCUAUGAUCUGACUUCAUGUAUUUUCCCACUUACUGUCCAUGUUUUACGUUGUUUCCCAGAGGUUGUAAUUCUGUGUAGUCAGUAAACUAGCAGGUGAUAAUGAUUUUUCGUUUGAAAAUAGCUGCUGUAAUGCUACAAACAAAACUUUCCUUCGUUAGUAAAUGAUUUCAUCUUAAAAUUGUGAGACAUAGUAAUGACUAUAACUGGUCUAAUCUCUCUUUUUUUUUUAAUUUGGUAGCAUGAUUGAAACAUUGGCUGAGAAGGGAAACUCUUGAAAAG